GGAGCGAGUUUGAGCCGCGGCAGCGCAGUGAGUACGGCGGCUCCGGGAAACCCAGCAGCUUUGCCGGGAGCCUCGGAUGAUUUUGCAAAGCAUGCUCGUAAUUUAGAAAAUGAAAUAAGAUAACGUAAAAAUCAAGGCUCAGAAUAAGUAAAAUCAAGCGCUGCUCAUUUUAGCCAAGACACCAGGGGAGCUUGCCAGGAGAUUUGAGGAAAUUAACAUGAAACUAAAACCGAAAUCUUCGUCGAAGUGGAACAAGCAAUAUUGAUCAGAACACACCGAAUACUAACAACAAAGAAGCACUUGAAAAGCACACCAAGUCUCAGGUGAAUCAGCUGGCCUUUGGGUCUGGCAGUAGUGGGAACCAUGAGCACUAACGGGACAGACCUGACCGCUGGUUUCAUCUGCUCGUCUGCAGCCAUCCUUUUGUUUGGCUCCAACUUUGUGCCGCUGAAAAAAUAUGAUACUGGCGAUGGAAUGUUUCUCCAGUGGGUACUUUGUGCGGCCAUAUGGUUGGUUGCCCUGGUGGUCAAUCUGAUAUUACAUUGCCCUAAGUUUUGGCCUUUUGCAAUGGUUGGGGGCUGCAUUUGGGCAACAGGGAACAUUGCCGUUGUCCCAAUCAUCAAAACCAUCGGGUUAGGCCUUGGCAUCUUGAUCUGGGGAUCAUUUAAUGCCCUAACCGGCUGGGCCAGCUCCAGGUUUGGCUGGUUUGGGAUGGAUGCAGAGGAAGUGUCCAAGCCACUGCUGAACUACAUCGGAGCUGGGCUGUCAGUAGUAAGUGCUUUCAUAUUUUUGUUCAUCAAAAGUGAAAUACCAAAUAACACACGUUCCGUGGACACCACCCCACUGAUGACAGAGCAUGUGAUUAACAAAAUUCAAGAUCCGGAUCCUGAUUACUCCUGGGUGGAUAAACUUUCUACAGCGCAACACCGCUUAGUGGGCUGCAGUCUCGCGGUGGUAUCUGGAAUACUCUACGGGUCCACAUUUGUGCCGGUCAUUUACAUCAAGGACCACAGCAAGAGAAAUGGCAGUGCGUACGCGGGAGCCAGCCAGAACGAUUUGGACUACGUUUUUGCACAUUUUAGCGGCAUCUUUCUUACAAGCACGGUCUACUUCUUGGCAUACUGUAUAGCCAUGAAAAAUAACCCUAAACUGUAUCCUGAAGCAGUCUUGCCAGGGUUCCUGUCGGGAGGACUCUGGGCCGUAGCCACCUGCUGCUGGUUUAUAGCCAAUCGGUCCCUCAGCGCCGUGGUCAGUUUCCCGAUAAUCACUGCUGGUCCAGGAUUGAUAGCUGCAAUGUGGGGUGUCUUCAUGUUUAAGGAAAUACAGGGUCGCCAGAACUACCUGUUGAUGAUACUUGCCUUUUGCAUCAUCCUGACCGGAGCGCUGUGCACGGCGUUUUCUAAAAUCUAAGCGCCGCUGGACCAGCAGGUGGCAGCGGGACCUGGGAGACCGCCUCUCCGGGACGCCCCGAGAGGAUGCGGAGAACAGAGUUGUUUUCAUCCAGCAAGUGGUUCACAACCAGUCUUGGGUUAGGGAAGGCGAUGAUUUUUUCAGAGAUGUGAGAAGGAAGGAAAAUCGAGUUUCGGGCGAGUAUACAAAUGAAAAAUUCUUCUUAAGAACCGUUUACGAAAGAGGACAGCGUUCCAUCUGAUGGCACUGCCUUUACCACAGUCUGCAUUUCAUGUCGUGUAAUCUAGAAAAUGGUGUGGAGUUCACGUGCAAAGAAGGGCGUGCACGUCCAGAUUUGCAACAUAGUACCCUCGUUAAUGAAGAGAGACGCCAAAAAAUGUGGGGGGAGGAGUGGGGAGGAGAUAUGUUAUGAUGGAAUUCAAAUCCAGAGAUAUUGGAUCCUUUGCUAGAGAAAGUAAAUGUCAGAGUUGACCACUGAAUGUUAAAAAGGCCGUUUCAUUAUUUUUAGCCCAGACUUAUUUUUACUUCAAAUUAAUGUUGCCCAUUUUGCCGGCUUCCACCCUACUUAGCUCCAAGUGCUGGUGAUAGUCUCCAGAUAAAAUCCAUUCCCACCCUUGAGAAUAUGUGUACAAUACAUAUACACACACACACAAGUACACACUUGUGAGUACACACACACAUAUGUAUGUACUAUUCCAAAUUGGCAGAAAAUUCUAGAGUUGCUGAAGUCAGGGUCUAGUUUAUCACAGUGAGAAUUUUAAGGGACCAGCACACUCUUUAAGAUGUACACUUUAUUUUGCUGAAAUAUAUGUUUCUAAAAUUCCUCUUUGAACCUGGGUUCAAAGGUUUUGGUUUUUUCCUUUUUUUUUCCUGUUUUAACUGGUGGUUUCCACUGGAUAAAAGAAAGUCACAGAAAAUGAUAGUUUUCUUUAAGAAAGCUGAAAUGGCACUAUGCUAGUACGAUUUCACGAUGGUUCCCCAACUCUUAAAAUAAAAGAAAAAAAAGAGGA